AGAAGGAGGAGGGGCGAGGUGACGCAGGCGUAAUAAUAGAGAAGGUGCCAGAAAGAUCCAAAACAAGUGGCUGCGGCCGUCGCCCAGGAGUCCUCGGACGCCGAAAUCCGGCCCCGGUUCUGAGAUUGUUCCGCCCCCCUCCCCGGGUAUGGCGCUGUCCGGGCCGACCCCGGCCCCGAGCUGGGAGGAGGAUGAAUGCCUGGACUACUACGGGAUGCUGUCGCUGCACCGUAUGUUCGAGGUGGUGGGUGGGCAGCUGACCGAGUGUGAACUGGAGCUGCUGGCCUUCCUGCUGGACGAGGCCCCCGGCGCUCCCGGCGGCCUGGCUGGCGCCCGCAGCGGCCUGGAAUUACUGCUGGAGCUGGAGCGCCGUGGGCAGUGUGACGAGAGCAACCUGCGGCUGCUGGGGCAACUCCUGCGCGUGCUGGCCCGCCACGAUUUGCUACCGCACCUGGCACGCAAGCGGCGCCGGCCAGUGUCACCAGAACGCUAUAGCUAUGGCACCUCUAGCUCUUCUGCAAAGAGGACAGAGAGCAGCUGCCGCCGCCGCCGCCAGUCAAGCAGUUCUUCAAAUGCUCGGCAGGGUCAGUGGGAGACAGGUUCCCCACCCACCAAACGGCAACGGCGGUGUCGGGGCCGGCCCAGUGGCGGUGCCAGACGGCGGCGGAGAGGGGCUCCGGCUGCCUCCCAGCAGCAGCAGGAAGCGGCCAGGUCCUCCCCAUCGGAAGGCAAAGUGACCUGUGAUAUCAGGCUCAGGGUGCGAGCAGAGUACUGUGAGCAUGGGCCCGCCUUGGAACAGGGCGUGGCCUCCCGUCGGCCACAGGCACUGGCUCGGCAGCUGGACGUGUUUGGGCAGGCCACUGCGGUGCUGCGCUCCAGGGACCUGGGCUCUGUGGUGUGCGACAUCAAGUUCUCGGAGCUCUCCUAUCUGGACGCCUUCUGGGGUGACUACCUGAGUGGCGCCCUGCUCCAGGCCCUGCGGGGCGUGUUCCUGACUGAGGCCCUCCGUGAGGCCGUGGGCCGGGAGGCUGUCCGCCUGCUGGUCAGUGUGGACGAGGCAGACUACGAGGCUGGUCGGCGCCGCCUGCUGCUGAUGGAGGAGGAGGGGAGCCGACGCCCUAGUGAGGCCUCCUGAUCCUGGAUGUGGCAGGACUGACCCCACCUCCUAGCCUCGGGGCCAUCUUCAUUCAGAGGACGAAGACCAUUUCUGCCCCUUGAGGACUGUCACUCCAGCAGCUAAGAGGACUGUGCCAGACCGCCAGGCCCUUGGACAGCCUGGCCCCUUGACAGCCCCUCCCACAGGAUGUGGGCUCUGAGGCUUAAACCACUUCCAGCUGAAUUUCCUUCCCAACCUCCCCAUUCCCACCCCUCCCCCAGGUGUGUUCUUCAGCUUCAGGAGGCCAGGGGUCCACCAGUGGCCCCCUGCACAUCACAUCCCUAACUCUCACCCACACCUCUCUCUCUCUCUCUCUCUUUCUCUCUCACUCUCACACACACACACACACACACACACACACACACAGCCGUCUCUGAAAUCUCCCCACUGUUUGCUCUGGCCUGCUUCACAUACUCCUUUGGCCUAAGGGCUUCUCUCAGGAUCUCUGAUUUUAUCGCCCCACGGGGGCUUCAACCACACCAGUUGGCACUGGAGCUGGGGUACACAGGGGGCCUGCUUACCUUGCCCACACAUCUCUAUAGCCAGCCAGCUUCCACACACGGACCUGUUCGCCACCACCUCCUACCCACUAGAGCGCUGCACAGGGAGUGUUAAACUGUGUUGCAGUAGCAGCAGACCAAGGCUUGCUGUUGCUAAGGGCCUAGGACCAGAAACCAACUACCUUUUUGGAAAGGGAAGGCAGAGCCUUGGGGGUUGAUGGGGAAGGCCUUUUCCAAGUGGCACCAAUAAAACUGCCCUGGAAGGGGCAUUGGUGGGCAUCAAGGCUCUGGGACUCUUUGUUUAUGUGUUGAAGGAAGGAGCAGAGAAGAGCCUGAGCCCAGUACCAAUCCCAAGUUCUGGCCCACCGUCAGGCUGGAGUGUGGGUGGGAUACCAGACUAUCAUGUGACAGCUGCUGCCCCACCUCGCCCUCUUCUCUGGACUUCAGUUUCUUCACCUGUGGAAGGAGGAAAUACUGCCUUGAAUUAUAAAUUCUGCCCAUCCCAUUUACACAUGCUUUGCUCCUGUAUGUCUUGGGAGUAGAGUGUUUUUAACUGGUUCGAUGAGGUGGACCAGCUACCUACAAGGCUGAUUAAGUCCAAAUGUUUGAAGCAAAACCACAGCAGCCAGGGUUCUAUUUCUGGAGCUGGUCUUCCAACUCUUUACACCAGGACAUUCACCUCUUCCUCCUCCUGAGGCUAAACCCCUCUUUCUGUUGCACAGUGGCUACAGCUAAGCUGGUGGCCUCCUGCCCUCCCCCCACCUCAUGUCUAAGCACUUAAGAACUCAAAUUCUUACAUUAAUACUUGUGUUUUUCUUCCUGAGGGGGACGGGAGCUAGGGUUAGGGAGUUGGGGGUGGGGUGAGCAGGGAUGCCCAACUGCUGGCUGUCCUGGGGGAAGGGACACCACUGCUCAUACCUGGGCACCCGAAGUGGAACCCUAGCCUAUAUGGUUGUAUUGGGGCAGAGCAAUAUACCUAGCUGAGCCCUGUGCAGGAGUUAACAGCAGGUCCAGGUAGUUACUGCGGCCCCUAACUGCCCAUUUACCUUCACCGAGAAGGGCUUAAGGUCUGCUUGGCAUUUACACAGACAUGGCUUAAUACUUAGCCAACCUGUGUGAAGUAAGCUUUUACCACCAUUCUGGACAGGAAAUGGGCUGGGAGGGGAAGGAGCAUUGAGGCAGAGCACAGCUCUGCCCCAGUGGACACAGCUCGGGGAGAUGUGAGGGCUGCCACUCCUUGUCACCGCCCCUCUAGCUGGGGCCUCUGGGCUUGCUUUCCACAACCUUCCAUGACUUAGGGUCCACCUCUUGGCGUGUGCGUCUUAGGGAUGGGCGCCACUUCUAGUCUAGGCCCCCUAUAGGAUCCCACCUAUUGGGCUAAAUCCCGGGAGGCACCUCUCCCGCAGGCCCUGGGACCUGCCCUGACUCGCUCCCGCUCCGCGCUUAGCCUGAGAUCCAACCUGUAAGCUGGCGCGUGCGGCCCGGAGGUGAGGGAGUCUGCCCUGGAGGACCCUGGAGCCUGCGCAGGCGCGCUGGGUCCCGGGAGUGGCGGGAACCCUCCGGCCAGGGCGUGCUGUGUGCGCCUCCAGCGCCUCUCUGGGCGCAUGCGCUGUGGAGCACACCUGGGUGUGCCGGAGCCUGCGCCCACGCUAGGGCCGACUGACACGCUCAAGUCCCAGAAGUAUGUCAGACCCAGGUCAUGAGGACAACGCGGGGACAUCAAAGGGCUUCCGAAGUCGAGCGAUACUCUGUGGGUCAGGGCCUGGAAAGCCUGCGGUUAAGGGAAGUGAGGGCCCGCCGGAGCCCCGAAGAAGGCCGCCAUGGUUUCAGACGAGAGGCGCUGAGGCUGGGCCCUGAAGGAUGAAAAGGAGUGCAACAGCUUGACAAGCGGGCCAUUCCAGGCGGAACAACCCUCUGGAAGACCAUAGUGAACUUAACUGAAUGGGAUGUAGGCGUAUGGGCAGAAGCAAAGGUAUGUGGCCAUGCACAAGCAAGCACCCCUCAUUUGGUCAGCAGCCACCUGUCACCAUGUGCUGGGAGUCACGUGCAAGCUGGGCCUCCCGCCUAGCAGGCCCUGCGCUGGCCGCUGCUGGGCCUAGAGACGCUGGCCUGGGUUCUGGUUCUGGAGCGCCCUGGGCUGCUGGGGAGCCACACUGACAGUGGGGGUCCCAGCCCAGACGAGUUAGAGGCUGAACCAGCAGCAGAGGUUGCAGGAGCCCAGGGAACAUGUGGGGAGGGACGCCGGAAGGCUUCAUGGGUUGGGGUGCCUCCUGUUGAUUCUAUUGCAAAUUAACACCGUCGACAACGUCGUCAUUACCAAGAAAUAUUUUCAUUGUGAAAUAUAACUCAGAAAACAACAUAAAGCAUAAAUGUACCGUUAAUAAGUUGUAGAACAAUUGUGUGUGAAACAAAGUUAAGAAAUGCAUUAUCAGCACCCCGGAAUCCACCCACCCUUCUGUUCAAGUGCACCUUCCUACUCACAACCCCCUUCUUUCCCUGAGAAGAGCUGGGGACAUCAUCCUGGCUUUAACAGUAAUAAUGUCUUGCUUUUCUUUACAUUCUAGUUUUAUGUCACUCAGUUAUAUAGUUAAUUUUCUCUCUGGAACUUGAUAUAAAUGGAAUCGAACAAUGUUUUCUGUUGUGUCUGGUUUCUUUGUUCAUUGUCAUGUUUGUGAGAUUCGCCCAUGUGGUGUUUAUGUGUA